AUGCCGCCCAAAGGACACAAAAAAACCGCCGACGGCGACUUCCGACCCGUCAACUCGGCCGGUAACACGAUACAGGCCAAGCAAAAGUACUCGAUCGACGAUCUCCUGUACCCCAAAUCAACCAUCAAGAAUCUGGCCAAGGAGACACUGCCAGAUGACGCCAUCAUUUCCAAGGACGCGUUGACGGCCAUCCAGCGAGCUGCCACGCUGUUUGUGUCGUACAUGGCGAGCCACGGAAACGCGUCGGCCGAGGCUGGAGGCCGAAAGAAGAUAACGCCCCAGGACGUUUUCGUGGCCCUUAAGGACGUUGAUCUGGCUCAGUUUGUGCCCAGUGUGACCCAGAGUGUCAACGAGUUCGAACAGGAAGUUGCACAAAGGAAGAAGGACAAGGUUGUACGCGCCCAGGACGACCAGGACCAUAUUUCCAGCUCAGAGUCGGAAACCGAGGCGACAGAGGAAGAGGGCAACAAAAGAAUUAGAACUGAUGAGUAG